CAAUGAGUUUAAAAUUGUAAAAAACAAGAAAGCAAAAAGUGACAUUUGGAAACAUUUUGGCCUGAAACUCAAUACAAAGAUAAAUCAAUUAGUUGAUAAUGUUGCCGUCUGUAGCCACUGCAAUCUGGACGUUAAAAUGAGUGGUGGAGGUACCUCAAAUCUGAGAACCCACAUCGAUCGCCGUCAUCCGAAUCUCAGCAGGGCUACUAAAUCCAGUACGUCAAAGGCAACAGAUGAAGAGGAUGAGACAAAACAUGUGGUUAAAAAGCAAAAAAACCCUUGAUGGUACACCAGUGAGGAGCUUCAGAAUUUCCUGUCUGAGUGCACUCUUCUGGAUCCACGUUUCAAGACCACUUACUUGACACCAGAGGCUAUGGAGAACACCUACCAUCGCUUUGCGCUGUUGUUACAAUCUGGGGAUGGAAAGGUAGGGGUUACAAAGCUACAAAACAAAACAUACUGCAUUACUGCUUCUGCUAUUACUAUUUCGCAUGAUAAAUAGUGAAAAUAAUAAUGCCGGAUAAAUGAUAAUAUUGAUUAUAAUAUUAGAACACAUUUUAUAAAGGGAAGUCAGUAUUAAGUAAAGUGAUAAAACAGAGCAAAAUAUUUUUAUCAGCAUUGAUGCAUCAAAGAAAUGUAUACAACAAAAAGCUCUAGCAAUGAAAAGAAAAUCCGAUUGUUUCAGGUACACGUUCAAGCUGACACCCAGGCUCCUACCCCUAGACAACAUAUUCCUCCACAUCCUGUGCUUCCCGAGAGGCCAAAUACCAGCCAAUCACCAUCUCCUACUGAGACAUCUGAUGAAGAGAAUGCAGCCAAAUGUCAGCGGUCCUCAGACUCCUCAAAGAAAGUUGGUCUUGCAGCUAUAUUUGACUUUGAGAAUGUUGAAGAGGCCACAGCCGCCAAGCCCAUGUCCUUGCAGGAGAAAAUCGAAGAAGAAAUAAAACAAUAUAAGCUAAUGAAUCAGAUAAGCAUAGAAAGCAACGCAUUAGACUGGUGGAAGAAAAACUGUAUCCAGUUCCCAUUACUUGCCUCUGUCGCAAAACAACGCCUGUGCAUACCAGCAACAUCUGUGCCAGCUGAACGCGUGUUCAGCUCAGCCGGUGAUAUUGUAACUGCCCAAAGGGCGUCCUUGGCUCCAGAAUUGGUUGACAUGUUGUUAUUUUGUAAAAAGAACUGUGAUUUGUGAUAAUUUCUGUCCAUUUUCUUAGGUUAUGUGAUGAUAACAUAUGGACAGUUUAAAGUUAAAUCAUCAUUGUUCUUCAUUAUAAUUUAUAGCGUUAUCUUAACAUUCUA